AAUAUAUAUAUAUAUAUAUAUAUAUAUAUAUACCAGGCAAUAAGGAAGAAACAGAAACUGAGAUUUGGAAGAAUUCGAUGAUGGGCACUUUGGGCCGCGUUUUAGCGGUUUCUUACCCUAUAAAGCCUCUAUGCCUGUACAGUCCUUGCUCAUAUCAAUCUGAUUGUAGAUUUUUAUGCGUUAAUCACAAAUUGAGCUCGAAAUGGCGAUCUAUGGUGUCUGAGUUCGAAUCUUCUCCAUUAACGCCUUCUGUUGACUCGGAUUCAAACGCAGCCGGUUUUUGUAUUAUAGAAGGGCCUGAAACAGUUCAGGAUUUCGCCAAAAUGGAACUCCAAGAAAUUCAAGAUAAUAUUCGAAGUCGGCGAAACAAAAUUUUCUUGCAUAUGGAGGAGGUUCGUAGACUGAGGAUACAACAGAGAAUCAAAAGUGCUGAACUUGGGAUUUUUAAUGAAACCCAAGAAAAUGAACUUCCCAACUUUCCAUCGUUCAUCCCCUUCUUGCCUCCUUUGAGUGCAGCAAAUCUUAAGCUUUAUUAUGCUACUUGUUUUUCUCUUAUUGCUGGGAUUAUUAUUUUUGGCGGCCUUUUAGCACCAACUUUGGAGCUUAAGCUGGGACUAGGAGGAACAUCAUAUGAAGAUUUCAUCCGUAGUAUGCAUCUGCCCAUGCAAUUGAGUCAGGUUGAUCCUAUAGUGGCAUCAUUCUCCGGAGGAGCAGUUGGGGUUAUCUCAGCCUUGAUGGUAGUUGAGAUAAACAAUGUAAAACAGCAGGAACAUAAAAGAUGCAAAUAUUGUCUUGGAACUGGAUAUCUUGCUUGUGCUCGUUGUUCAAGCACUGGAGCCCUUGUUCUUAUUGAACCAGUAUCAACAGUCAGAAGCAGUGAUCAGCCAUUAUCAGCACCCAAAACAGAAAGAUGUUCAAAUUGUUCAGGAUCUGGAAAGGUAAUGUGUCCCACAUGCCUUUGUACUGGAAUGGCUAUGGCAAGUGAACAUGACCCACGGAUUGAUCCCUUUGAUUAGACGACAUGUAUCAUAAUUCCCACUGGAGUGGCAUGGCAAGUUAACGCAACCCACGGAUUUACCUUUUCCUGGACGAGUGGAAUUCUCUCCGCCAUAGAUUUUGGAUGGGGCAAGGGAAAACGGAUCUUUAGAGACAAAUGGCUGAAGAGCGUAAGACUAUAUUUUUCCUUAUUCAUCUUUUUCACUUCCAAUAAUUAUAAUGUGAGGUGGAAUGCGCGGGGAUUGUAAUACUAAUAGCGGAACAUGUCAAUACUUUACCUUAAUUUGAUAAACAAUCACGUUUAAUCAUUGUCCUUC